CUUCUCAGCCCAAGCUUCCCCCUUCAGUUUUGUUUAUAAAGUCUUUAUCGCCUGACAAGAAAACUCAAAACUUGGCCUUUUUCCCAUGGAAUUAACUGGAGAGCCGCCGCCAUUAUGGCCACAACUAGCCACCACCUCCAUGCAUUACCGUCGUCGUAGAUCGCCAUCUUCCCUUUUCACCCCACCAGUUCUCAUCAUUCUCUUACCCACCAUCGCAUUGCUUCUCUUGUUCUUCGCCGUCCCUCCGUUUCUGUCGACCAUCGCCGGUCAGAUUUUUAGACCCACCGGCGUCAAGAAAAACUCCGACUCCCUCAACGUUUUCCUUGUCUUUUUCGUCAUUCUUUGCGGCGUUUUCGUUAGAAGAAACGGCUGCGACGGGGAGGACAAGUACAGUAGGACUGAUGGUAGUAAUAAUAACAAGCUAAGCCAUCCCGUUCAGCAGCGAUGGUUUGAUCAGUAUCCGGAAAAGAAGAUCUACGAUGAUCACCCUCCAGUGAACGCCAAGACAUUGGCGGCGGAACCAACCGGCGUGAGGAGGCUGAAGAGAAGCAGUAGCUCGUACCCAGAUCUGAGGCAAGAGUCUUUGUGGGAAAAUAAUGAAGAUCGGUCUCGUUUUUUUGAUGAUUUUGAGAUAAACAGAUAUCGAUCUUCAACAAAUAAUUAUAACGAUGAAGCUCACGAGCUUCGCCAGAGCUGGAGAAAUGAUCAUUUUGAAGAAUCUGAACCCAAGGUUAUUCCUUGCGACACCUUUGUGUUUCGUUCUUCGCCUUGGCCGCCUCUUCCACCAAUGUCUCCAGCUCCGUCAACACCGCCACCUCCGCCUUCGCCCCCGCCUCCGCCUCCGCCUCCAGCAGCUGCUUACCUUAAACAAAGGCGAACUUACCAAGCUGUUGGACAGAAAGAGAACGUGAUGAAACCUCAUAUUGAAUUCGAUGAGAGUGAGUCUCCGAAGCCAGUAACACAACCGCUACCUCCACCGCCACCUCCUCGACGACCACCAUCGCAGCUAGUUCAGCAGGGAAAUAGAUCAGAACAAAGGUAUGCGAAAUUGGAACGUAGAAGAAGUAAUGCAACCAAAGAAAUAAAGAUGGUUUUUGCUUCUUUUAGGAAGAGAAAGAAGAAGAAGGCUAAGGAUCAUAAUCAUGAUCAUCAUCACGAUUACCCUCUGCAUUCUCGACGUCAACCACCGCCUUGCUAUUCCACCAUUCCGCCACCGCCACCGCCACCUCCACCGCCAAUGCCACCGCCACCGUCCUCCGUCUUUCAAAAAUACAAUCUCUUCAGAUCAAAGGCCAGCAAAAGCAAAAAAAUCCCUUCAGCUCCUCUGGCAUCUCCUCCUCCUCGUCCUCCACCACCACCACCACCAUUUUCCGUCCCAAAAUUUAUGCAAAACACCCAAAUCCUGCCAACGACACCACCGCCUGCACCACCAACACCCCCACCAGAACCUUCAAGAAGGCGAACUACGUCCAAGGCCAACAGAUGUAGGCCACCAUUGCCAACAAAAGCAAACACUAGCAGUUACUAUGAGGAGAAUGUAAACAGCGGCUGGCAGUCACCAUUAAUCCCGAAGCCGCCACCUCCACCGUCAUUUUCAAUGUCGGAGCUUAAAUUUGUGUUCAGUGGGGAUUUCGUUAAGAUACGAAGCAAUCCCAGCUCUCGGUGCAGCUCUCCGGACAUUGAGGAAGCCAAUGUUCCGUCAAGCAUGAUGGAGGGUAAUGAUGGAGGGGUCCAAGUUGUGUGUCCCAGUCCUGAUGUUAAUGCGAAAGCUGAUACCUUUAUUGCCAGACUCAGAGAUGGGUGGAAAUUAGAGAAAAUAAACUCCAUGAAAGAGAAGCAAAUGAUAUAAGAUCCAUUAAAAUUAACACGGUUGAAGAAACCAAAAUGAGACAUUUCUCAACCUUUUUUUUUCCUGGUUGAAUUCGAUUUCCUCAGUCAAGUGAAUAAGUAUUAUAGUGAUAUUGUUGAGGAAGGUUCAUGGGAGUAAAGUUUUUGUUCACUUUCAUGAAGCUCCUUGCAAGCUUGAGUGUGUUUUGAUUGUUGGGGUCGUGGUUGGAGCUUCCAAGUUGUGUCUGAUUUUGAUGUCAAACUAUGUUUUAAUUUUGCUGGUGCAUUCAAAAUGGAACUCUAAUUGUGUUUUUUUGUUCACCAAUUGGAGCCUCACUUUGUAUCAGCCAAGUUGUGAUUGUGC